AUGGGAGCGGAUGACUAUGUCAUCCUAGUCUCUCUAGCCUUCUCAUGGAUUUUCUUCGGCCUGAUGGUAGGCGAAGUCUUCCACGGCAUGGGCGAGCACUAUACCGAUAUCCCCGCCCCAAUCUUCAAAGCUCAGAUGAUUUACUUCUGGGCUUCAGUCCCCAUAUACCAAACAAGCCUCAUCAGCACAAAGAUGUCAAUCCUUCUCCAAUACAAACGAGUCUUCUCCACGCCACGCAUGCGUCUAGCAUGCUGGCUCAUGAUCGGUGUUCUAGGCGUCUACGGAACAUGGACCAUCAUUAGCGCCUGGGCUAACUGUGUCCCUCUCGCCAAAUUCUGGGAUGAUACCGUCCCAGGCUUCUGUUUCGAUAAAAAAGCUUUGUGGUUCUCCAACUCAGCUAUUCACAUUAUUACCGAUAUCGUCAUCCUCAUAUACCCAAUGCCAGUCCUGAGAUCACUACAAUUGCCCAGGAAGCAAAAGUUCGCUCUCAUGGCUGUUUUCGCCCUAGGUGGAUUUGUCUUGAUCACAAGUAUCCUCCGCCUCAAAUCACUCCUCAUUAUCUCCAAUUCAACAGACCCAACCUAUGACAAUGUCGGUGCAGCAACCUGGUCCGCCGUCGAGUGCAACGUAGCAAUUAUCUGCGCCUGUCUCCCAGGCACACGCGCCUUCCUUUCCAAACUCCUGCCACAUAUUUUCUCAACCCGAAGCAACGGCUACCGCAGCAAGACGACACGACCUUCCCGAAACGGACGCAGUGUCCUCACAGGCGAUGGAAACACGCAAGUUCUAGCUUCUGUCGUCGGCGGACGUGAUCACUCGGGCUACGAUCACGAUUUAGAAGAUCUGUCGCCGUCUGGUUCGUUCAAUAGCUAUACCAAGGAACCGACGAAAGAAGCCUUUGCGGGCAUUAAGGUUACGACCAAUGUUACGCAGGAAAGAACCUCGCAUUCGAGGAUUGCUGUUAACGAUGAUAUGGGCAGUACGAAGGAAUUGGUCAAGAAGCAUAGCUUUUGA